AUGGAAAAAAACAGUAAGCGCUAUUUACUAGUAGGAGGUUCGAUUGGAGCUCUAAUGGCAACGUCUUUUGGAUUAACCAUUUCAGCUCUGAACACCUCAAAGGAGUUUGCAAUUGUUGAAAUGGGUUGGUGUUCUAAUGCUCAGAAUAUAUACGACUGUAGCAAGUCGCACCUAUACGCUGGACUGUGUAACACUGCCUCGUUUGCAGGUUCAGCUAUAGGUUCCUUGUUUAUUAGUCUCUCUGGAAAACUGGGAAGAAGAGUGUCAUUUAUGGCAAUCAACUGGUUCUUCAUUGUAGGUUCAGUGCUCUCUGCUUCGUCAGUUAAUUUUGCUAUGUUAUUUGUCGGUCGUUUAUUCUCUGGGUUCGGAGUUGGACUUGAUGCAAUCGUUCCAAUUUUCCUAGUGGAAAUAUGUCAUCCAAACGCAAGGAAAUAUUUCAGUGUUAUAUAUCAGUUCUUCAUAACACUGGGAAUCGUACUGACAGCAGGUUGGCAGUUGAUUCACGGUCGUGUUGUUACCAACACUGGCUUUGAACUGAGUCUUAAGGACAAGGUGAUAUGGCGUGGCUCCCAGCUCCUUCCUGCUAUCACUGCUAUCAUAGCUCUCUUACUGAUCCACUUCGUCUUCAAAUUCAACACUCCAUAUGAGCUGAUUGAAAAAGGAAAAACAGCUGAGGCUCGUGAGGUUAUUGAGAAGUUACAUGGCGCAGAGGCAGUUGACGAGGUGUAUGACGAGUUUGAUCGCGACAGUGAAAACGCCAAGUCAACGCCUAAUGUGCCUUUACACAAGGCCUUUAAAAAUCCCACGUACCGCAAAAUCAUUUUACACUCGUUCGUACUAUCUGCAAUACAACAGCUGGUCGGUAUCAACGUUCUGAUCUCGAAUGCCAACAAGUUGUUCUUGGAGAUGGCAGGAAGGAGCAUGAAGUCGACUCUCGCUUCUACCGGAAUACUGUUGGUUAACUUCGUGGCAACAGUGGCAUUGACUUUUGUGAUUGGAAAGUAUGGAAGAAAAACAUUUUUGGUUUGGGGUAUUGGUUUUUCUACAGUCUUCAUGGCUCUGGCCUCGUUCAGUAAGCCUAUUGGCAAAGACGCGAAGUGGGUACCCAUAGUGUCAAUCAUUGGUUCAUUCGGUUUCAUCAUUGGUUUUGCAGUCGGUUUAGGAGGAAUAACAUGGGUGUACUUAUCCGAAGUGUACCCACCAGAGACUAAAAACGGUGCUAUGAGUGUCGCAGUGUUUAUCAACUGGGUAUGCGCAGCAGCAACAGUGUUCGGUUCCGAGUAUCUCAUAUCCUACUCCGAAGUACUUGUGAACACAAUUUUUUUCGCAUUUUCACUAUUCGGAUUAGUUUAUGUAAUUUUAUUCAUAAAGGAAACCAAAGGAGUGGCCUUGGGAAAAGCAUAUGACUGA